CCAACGCCACGCUGGUCUCUGGUGGUGGCGGUCGCCCUCGCCUCGCGCUUGGGCGCACACAGGCACCAGCCCACACCCUCUUUGUCUUCUUCCUCCCGCCCGCUUUGCUUUUGGUUGCUCGGCUCUACUCCUGUACAAACAAGUGCUGUGCUGCUGCUGGCUGCUGCUGCGGAGCUCAAACGGACCAACCGAGAAAGAGAGAGAGAUUGAGAGGUGGUGGUGCUGUUGCUACUGUUGCUGAUGGCGCUGGUUUACUGCUCCUGAGGGGGAACACGUUGGCCGUGGAGCGGUUGGAGUUGGGAGUUCCUUCUUGGCGCACCGGCGAGGUGAAAACGGCCGUCCACCGGAUUGCCCUGUCUGCUCCUGAGGCUUUCCGUUUCUCUUGGUGCUCUUUUGGUAUCUCCGGCCACUACUCCGUUCUUCACCGGUGGUUCUUGAUUUCGCAGAGGAAAGAUUUCAGGUGAACACGCCUGGAUUUGAUUCGGGAAAUCUUGGGAUAUCGAGCGCAAAGAUGCGUUUUUGAUGCGCAGGCUCCCCCCUCUUUUUUUUUCAGCCGUCAGGAGUCCAAGUGAGGGGAACAGCCUGCUCGCCGUGUGUGUGACGGUGCGAGUGAUAAGUAGGGCACCUGCGCACGAAUUGUUCGUCGGAAAGCCGCAAAGGAGGGGGGCUUGCAAUUUGCAACCGUCGCGGUCAUCACGAUGAGAGAUUUUGCAUCUUGCUUGAGUCAAAGUGGCGUCCAGGUCGCCCAUUCCUCUUCUCCAGGUGGCCAGAACAUGGUGCAGUGCACCUACCUAGCCAGACUGCGUGGCAAAUCUUGCAGCGUGACCGUCACCUGGAGCAAGAUGACCAUGGGGCAGGCACUGUCCAUCGCAGUUGAUGACUCUUCUAACCGUUGUCUCUGCAAGACAGAGAUAAAGCCCUGGCUGUUCUCCAAGAGGAAAGGCUCUAAGGCCAUGGAGGUGGAUGGUGGCGCGCUGGAUAUCGUCUGGGACCUGUCGUCUGCGAAGUUUGCGGCCGGGCCGGAACCCGUCGAAGGUUUCUAUGUUGCCCUGGUUUGUGAUCUUGAAGCCGUUCUUGUGCUCGGCGACAUGCCCAAGGAGGGGGAUCACAGGGUUUCGUCAGAUGUAUCAGCUUCCAGUGCUGUGAUGAUAGCCAGGAAGGAGCAUAUUUAUGGGAAGAAGGUGUAUUCAGCUAAGGCUCGAUUUUUGGACAUUGGUCAGCUCCACCAUAUCACCAUAGAGUGCGACACAUCAGGGUUGAAGGAUCCAAGCCUAGAAAUCAGGAUUGGCAAGAAGAGAGUCAUGCAGUUGAAGAGACUUGCAUGGAAGUUUAGAGGAAACCAGACGGUCUAUGUUGAUGGACUUCCAGUAGAGGUACUCUGGGAUGUCCACGAGUGGCUUUUUGGUUCGUCGAGUGGAUGUGCCGUGUUCUUGUUUCAGUCAGGUCAAUCCAUGGAAAAAUUGCUGUUAAGGUCUUGCUCGCAGAAUGAAAAGGAGCUUCAAGCACAUCGUUUUGGCUUCACUUUGAUACUUCAUGCAUGGAAGAUUGAAUAGUCAGAAACAUGAUGACAGGUUUCUUCGGCAACUCCACCGUAAAUUAAUGAAUCCUAACAGUAAGAAUAUGCAAGCCUGACAAAACCUUGUGCAAGGAUUUCAUGCUUCUUAACAUUUUGUAUUCUAGCGAUGUUCAGCAAGUUGAAAAAUUGAUAAACCCAUAUAAUUUUUGCUAGAUAGGUAUUUAGACAGAAUGUCAGAUUAUAGUGCCCCAUUGUAUCAUCAUGUCUUUGGCAUAUACAUUCUGAUCACAAAUCCAAGAAGCAAAACAAAAAAUGAUGUUUUUUUUCUGAAGACUUUGGUGUUCUUGUGCUCUAAUAUUAUGUGUGAGACACUGAGGAUAAGUGGAAAUGUACUACUGAAUCGAGAGAGCCUGGUGCUGUGCUGUAUUCUGUGCCAACUGCCAAUUUAGCAAAAGGUGCAACUCUGGACAUGGUGUGAGCUGCAUUUUGACAAUUCUUAGAGCAAGUAUAAUAAUAGGUUAUAAGCCAGCCUAAUGGUAAUGUAGAGGAGAGAGAAGAGAAACGGACUGGAGCAAGGCUAAUAAUAUAGUCAAUAAACUGGCUAUAAGACUCUUUGUAGUCUUUUCUUAGCUCACUCAUAUAGUAGU